UCUUGAAUUCAAUUUUUUUUUUUCAAUUACCCUUUCCACUCUUUUUUUUUUUUUUUCCCAUUUACAUUCCUUUUAUUCAAUCAAUCUCUCAUAUAUAAUAAUAAAUGUCGUUAAAUAUUACACACGUUACUAGGAAUCCUAUAGUAUUUAGUUCUGCUAUUAUUGUUGCUGUUGGUUGGUUUAUACUCUUUAUCGGUACAUGCAUUUCUGGAUUCAAAGGUGUUGUGUGGUGGAUUAUUAUUUAUGAAUUAGGAUUAAUACUUGGUAUUUUCUACGUACUCAUGAAAUCUGCCUUUCCUGAUUAUCGAUUACUUAUUUUAACCUGUUUAGCUAUCAGUAUCACAUUAUUAAUUCAAACAAUUGAUUCACACUUACAUGUUGGUAUGGGUAGUGCCAAAGCAUCUGCUGCUGGUGGUAUCAUGAUCAUUACUAUGCAGUUUUUCUGGGUCAUCGUCUUUGGAAGUACACCUGAAUCAUGGUUUCAUAGUGCUGUCUAUGGUCUUCCAUCAUCAUCAUCAGCAACACCAGCUUCUGCCAAAUAUUACGAUAAUGAAGGUGCAAUGCCUUUAUCCACUCCUACUCAAUAUUCAAUGUCUCAACAUGAUUCUAUUCACAGUGGUUUUGCUCCAAUGGAUUGUUCUGUCCAACAACAGCAACAACAGCAACAACAACAAGCUUAUAUUCCUCAAACAACAACUACAUAUGAUCCUGCAAAUAAUGCUAUAGCUCUUCAUCCAUAUACGGCCAAUCCUGAUGAUCCAAAUGAAUUGUCAUUUUAUAAAGGUGAAGUCCUAGAAAUUCUUGAUCGACGAGGAAAUUGGUGGCAAGCAAGGAAACAAGAUCAAACUAUAGGAAUUGUACCGUCCAAUUACUUUACUUCUUAGUACAAAAAAAAAUAUCUCUCACUACUCCAAACAUACAACAAAUCCAUAUUUAUCCAAUUUGCCCUGGAGGCUUUGAUUUUUUUUUUAUUUUUCUUGUCAAAAAAUAGAAUCCUUCCUUUUUCUUUUUCUUUUGAUCUUCUUGAGAUCUCUCUUAUUCAUCCUUCUCUUUUAUACAUCAUACAAUAUUAUUUUAUCUUUUAUUUAUUAUUUACCCAACCCGUCAUUCACAUUCCUUUUCUCUCUCUCCCUCUUUAU